AUGGUGUCUUCAAGUGUUGGGCCUACCUGGCUAUCUCUGCCUUCAUUUUCAUGGAGUUUCUAUAAGCGCUGGCCGAUGUGCUCAUGGAAGACCAAUUCGAUAUUCAACACCAACUCUGAUGAGUCUCAAUCCAGCAUGGAUAACCAGAAGCUUCAAGGGACUCUGUCCGACGGCUCUAUCUCGCCUCUUACCCCGUGGAGUAGUCCUCUGAGUAGCCUCUCUUCUAUGACAUUUAGUCCAUCGACGUCGCAACUGCCGUUCCAGGAACCGGAAAGCCCAACUCAGGAAGAUGAUAUCAGAUCACGCUCGACCGUAUCGUGUGAGAACUAUGUGCAGGCAUGUCGUUUGGAGCUUCCUUUUAGGGGCAACAGCCCUCCCAGUCCUUGCGUGGCCAAGUCCGCGUUGGAUAUAUUGCAAAGCAUUGAAAGCAAGAAUAACAACUUCUUCACCGCCAUAAAGGACGUCGUGCUUCCACUUCUAGGUGACAAAGAGCAAUUCUAUCAAAACAAGGAGGCAUCAUUUGCCAGUGUGCGACCAUACGAAUCAUUGGAUCCACAGCCUAUAGGGCUCCAAUCCAAACUGAAACCAUACCAGCUUCGAGGGUUGUCGUUUCUAGUGUAUCUCCGAAACAACGGCAUUGGUGGGAUCCUAGCAGAUGAAAUGGGUCUAGGAAAGACUAUCCAAACGCUUGCUCUCUUCCAGUACAUCAAAAACCACGACAACACUAUGCGACUUGAUGAGCCUGGUCCGUUCUUAAUUGUCUGUCCAUUCAGUGUGAUGGAAACUUGGCUUUCAGAGAUUAACAAGUGGACACCGGAGCUCACUUUCAUCAAGUUUCACGGAACACCAAGCAAAAAGGAGGCAGUCAAGAAGAUUCUGACUCCUGCUCGAGUUAAAAACCGUAGGAGUUCGACAUAUGCGGUGGACAUUGUGAUAACAUCUUAUGAAACUUUGAUCUCAGAUAUCAGAUGGUUCCGAAAGCUCGUAUGGAAUUAUGUUGUUCUUGAUGAGGGCCAUCGCAUCAAGAAUGAUCAUUCGCAGAGGGCACAGGCAAUUCAACGACUUCGGGCUGAGUACAAACUCGUUCUCACGGGGACCCCAGUGCAAAACAACCUGAGGGAGUUGUGGUCAAUAUUUCACUGGCUCUACCCAGACGUUUUCAUCCCGUGUACAUCAGAGCCUUUCAAGGAGGCCUUUUCGCUUGCUGACGGGAAAUUCGAUCCCAACUUCUUCGAACAAGUUCAGAGAUUUCUUGGCCUGAUCAUGCUACGCAGGGUUAAGGAAUCCCCCGAAGUAGGGCUCUCAAUUCCUCAGAAAACAGAGACUGUGUUAUCAGUACCGCUGUCAGAGUUUCAACGUUCCUUAUAUUUGAGAAUACUUACUGGCAUAGAGAAUUCCAUUCUCGGAGGACACGGCGGCAUUUCGUUCGAGAAGAAGCGUCUAAUGGCUACCGACCAACAGUCUGAAAAGAGAAAAUACAGAAUAUUGAGCAAUGUUUUAAUGGAGCUGCGCAAGUGUUCAAUUCAUCCGUACUUGUUGGAUGAUGCGAUCCCGGACCCUUACGAACUUGGAGCACAUGUUAUCACAAACUCUGGAAAAUACAUUGUGCUCCUUAAAAUGGUUCAGUAUUUUGUGCUCGAGAGAGGGAAGAAAAUAAUUAUAUUUUCGAACUUCAAUCAGGCUUUGAAUCUUUGUGAGGAUCUCUUGUUGACUAUCCAGGAGAACGGCGAUCCUGUGAGAUAUGUUCGUUUAGACGGAAGCACAUCUAACGCACGACGAAAUCUCUCGAUUUACCUCUUCCAGAAUGAUCCUAGUUCCUCAACGGUUAUCUUCUUGGAUGAAGACUGGAACCCACAAGUUAUGCGACAGGCUGAAGCGAGAGUCCAUCGAAUUGGACAGAAACACCCGGUCGAGAUCUUCAAGCUCCAGUCCAAAGGCACUGUGGAAGAACAAAUCAGCCGUCGUAUUGUCAAGAAAGCAUAUGUUGCCACCAAAGUUAUGGAGGAUAUGACUGCGGCACAUGAUAUGAAAGCGUUCGCAAAUAUGAUUGAUUCUCGGGGACUAGCCUACGCAAUGGAUCCGGAAGACUUGUCCGCAUUGGUUCACAGUCGAGCAGUUUUGACGUCUAACCAAUUGAGUGCAAUGGAUUUGAGCUGGUUCAACUGGGAAACGAUCCUCAAGGCGUGGCUCGCGUGCACAGAGCGGGUUAAAACCAAUAUUUUCGAUGGGAAAAAGGUCGACACAAGAUUCAGAUCAUUUUCUAUGUAUGAAUCUCUGCCUAAGGAUCUCUGUCGAGCGGAUAGACGCAUUGGAAAGGAGAGGACGGUUAUGAUCGACGGAUUUUCAGUAGGAAAGGAUAGUAUCCGACUCGAGACCGUGUCCAGUAACAGAGGAUGUUUAAAUCUGCCACAGACGAACUCGAAGGAGAAAAUGACGCACGAAGCUACAUGUUUUCUCUGCCGGAAGUUCAACCCUCAAGAGUGCGAUUUAUGUCCACUGGCAUUCCACAAAGAAUGUCUCGAGUCGAUAGGCAAAAUGCGCCGUGGAGGAAAGAGGCUUUUAUGCCCCCGCCGGAGGGCUCUUAUACUGCUGUUCAACGUGUACUAG